AUGGAAGAUAAUUAUGACAUCAUCAUCGUCGGGGCUGGGAUGGCAGGACUCGCAGCAGCUCAUCAAAUCUUGACCAAACGUCCUUCCACCAAGUUGUUGGUAUUAGAAUCGAGAGAUAGGGUCGGAGGAAGAAUUUAUAGCUACCCUUUGGAUAGUGGUGCAGUCGAUUUAGGUGCAAGUUGGAUCCAUGGAUCUGUGGGUAACCCUAUUGCAGAAUUGGCCGAACGCCUGGGGUUUCCAAUGACAAUAUCCUUUCCUUCUCUGCGCGCAUUCUACUCUGACGGAACCGAGGCCCCUUCAAAGAAAGUCUAUGAUCUAUUUCCAAGGAUAUGGGGAUCAGCAUUUGAGUGGUUGGGCGACGUUGCCCAGGGCGGCACAGAGGACGAUGGGGAAAUUGGAGAAAAUGUGGGUCUCGGUGAUCGGCUCUAUAGAGACGAUUCGCCAUUGUAUAAGAAACAUG